AUGGUUUCAAGCUCAGCUACGACACCAAAAAAAUUCAUGACUAGUAUACGAAGCAACGGCUCCAAGGCCUUGAGAGAAGCCAUCGCCGCCGCAGCGGAGGAGGCCCGCCCCGUCACAUGCCUAGUCUACACGGUCAUCCUCCCCUGGGCGACCGAGGUGGCGCGUGAGCUCCACAUCCCCAGCGCGCAACUCUGGAUCCACCCCGCAACCGUCUUCACCAUAUACUACCACUAUUUCAAAGGAUUUUCCGACGAAAUCACCGAGAAAUCGGAUAAUCCAGGCUGGAAAAUCCAAAUCCCCGGAGCUCCGCCGCUCUCCAAAACCGACCUUCCCUCCGUCCUCCUCCCUUCGUCCUCGGAAACGCAUAAUUUUGCGUUUGCGGCGUUUAAGGAGCAGUUCGACUUGCUCGACGCCGAGCCGGGCAAGCCCAAGGUGCUCGUGAACACCUUCGACUCGCUCGAGGCGGAAGCGCUCGCCGUGUUCGGCCGUUACGAGCUGAUCGCAAUUGGACCGUUGAUUCCCUCCGCCUUCAUCGGCGGAGAGGCUCCGUCGGAGGAAAAGUCGUUCGGCGCCGACCUCUUUGAGAAAUCCGAAACCGCAGUCAUAUUUCUAAUAUCUAAUUAA